AAUAUUUCAAAUGCUUAAAAAACCAUAAUAGCAAAAUCAAGAAUACCAAAUCAAGCCAAAACCCAGGGAGAAAUUCAAGUCUUCAAAAUGCAGAGAAUUGAUUUAAGAAAUCUUACAACAAAAAUUAAAAACAGGAUCAUAUUAGGAUGUAACAACUCAAUCCAAAGACAUCGCUGAGAACAUUAAAAAUAGACUCAAAUAGCAAUACACUGUAACAAGUAGAUAUAAGUUUAUUGUACAUGUGCUAAUUGGUUAAUAAAGAGGUAAAUUUUGAUGUUAAUAUAUUAUUUAGGCUAAGGAGUUAGAGUUGGUUCAAAAUGCUUUUGGGACUAUGACACUGAUAUGUGUGUUUCAGAAACCUUCAUAAAUGAUUCAUUAUUUUGUUUGGUAACAGUCUAUGCUGUCUACCUUUAUUGA